AUCUUCACUAUGCAUAAAAUGUGACAUUUCCAGCAUUUCAUAGCGAGUCUGGAAUGUGCACGCAAUUAUUUUGCCCCUAGAGUGCAGUAGGAAGUAGUGCGAGCAUAUUGAUUUCAUGAAUGUGCUGGAAAUUAUAAUCCAGACCACAACUCACAGGCAGUCUGCUGUCAUAUGUUGGUGCAAGAGUUGUGGUCUCUUGGGCUUAGAAAUGGCAAAUAAUGUCAACGAAUCUGUUCCUGUGCUUUUGUCCCCUGCUUGCCUUUCUAACAACGAUGAACUGAUAAUUGAGAAGAGGGUUGGCAAAGGACAAUUCAGCGAAGUAUUUAGAGCCCGUGUACUAUCUACUGGGCAAAGGAUCGCCCUGAAGAAAGUGCGAAUAAUAGAGCUGGCCGACUCAAAAGCCAGGGCUGAUUGCUUAAAAGAAAUUGCUUUACUUCAACGCCUCAGUCACCCUAAUGUUGUGAAGUACAUGGGCUCCUGGGUGUCAAAUUUGGAGUUGUUCAUUGCCUUGGAGUUGGCAGACGCUGGAGACCUUGCUGCCAUGAUAAAACACUUCAAAGAAAAAGAGAAGCCUAUCCCUGAAGCAUCAAUUUGGAAGUUCUUUGUGCAAAUUUGUGCUGGAAUAAAUCACAUGCACCAAAAGCGAAUCAUGCACAGAGACAUCAAACCAGCCAAUAUCUUGGUCACUGCUGAUGGCAAAGUCAAGAUAGGAGACUUUGGACUUGGACGAUAUUUCAGCGCUCAAACUAUGUCUGCGCAUUCUUUGCUAGGAACUCCGUUCUACAUGAGUCCUGAACGCCUCCGAGAAGAAGGCUAUAAUUUUGCUAGUGAUAUCUGGUCUACGGGAUGUAUUCUUUAUGAGAUGGCUGCUCUCGUCUCUCCCUUUUACUCGGCAACUAUAAAUCUACAAAACCUGUGUGAGCGUAUACAGAGGGCAAUGUAUCCUCCAAUAGAAAAUGAAAUUUACUCAGACGAACUGCAUGACUUGGCAUACUGCUGCCUGAACAUAAAUCCAGACGACAGACCUACUUCUGCAGAUGCCCUGACUUUUGCUACGGAGAUGCAUCAACGAACUUUAUCCCAACACGAGACAACCUCUGUUUAAAUUUCACAAGCUGUUUUUAUUGCGUGUGCGACUAUCUUUUAAAUUCUGAUGUUAAUUAAUUAGCUUGGUUUUAAAAUGUGUAAAAUUGUGCAUGCUCAUCGACUAACAUAUCUUAACUAUAAUAGACUAUCAGUUACUAUUCUCAAUUUGAAGACAAUAAAUUACUCAAAAAUACUUAAGUA